UCACCAUUGUCUUUGACCUUUGGAAGGAAGGAGCUGCUUCUGGGGUCUUGGGGUUAACCUCUGUCAUCAUCAUCGUCGUACUUAAACGAGCGUGCGCUCUGUCGAUAGGCCGAACCUACCCUGUUCCCUCGCUUCAGUGGCCUUUGCUUUCGCAGCAAUCUUGAUUGCGCCUGCUCCUUGUUCAACUCCGGAAAGACAGUCCCCAGAAGAAGAAGAAGAAGAAGAAAAUUUGAACUCACGGGGAGGAUAUCGAAGCGGGAAUGAAGUCGGGUCGGCCUCGGAGAGAAGCGGCGGAGGUGGGUCCGGAGAAGAACAAGAACGAGGUAGAUUGGGAGAUGAGGCCGUGCGGCAUGCUCGUGCAGAGAAGGGAGGAGGACGACGCCGCUUGCAAUGGGGCCGGCGGAAAUGGGCCGACGAUCAAGAUCAACGUAUCGUAUGGCUCGUCCCAGCACGAGAUCUUUGUGCCCUCUCGCUCUACCUUCGGGGAAAUGAAACAAAUUGUUGCUAACAGAAUUGGCUUGGACCCUGUAGAGCAGAGACUUUUGUUUAGGGGUAAAGAGCAGGAGGAUGAAGAGUGUUUGCACCUUGCAGGCAUAAAGGAAAACUCCAAGGUUGUGGUUUUGGAGGAUCCAGCUAGUAAAGAGAAGAACCUUGACCAAUCCCAGGAGAGUGAAGAGGUCUCCAUAGCAUCUGAAGCUGUUGCUGGCGUCAGAGCAGAAGUUGAUAAACUCUCUAAAAGGGUAGCUGAGCUUGAAGUGCUUGUGCAUGAUGGCACAAAAGUAGAAGAGAAGAAAUUUGUGGAGCCUACAGAGUUGCUCAUGAGGCAGUUGCUGAAAUUGGAUGGUAUUGAGGCUCAAGGAGAGGCUAGGGUGCAGAGGAAGGCUGAGGUGUGUCGGGUGCAGGGUCUAGUGGAUCAAUUGGACAGUUUGAAGGCAAGAAAUGUCAAUCCAUUUAGCGACAGAAGUAAUGCGGUUUCCAUAACAACGAAUUGGCAGACAUUCAAGUCAGGAGUAGGAAGCUUGAAUGCCCCUCCUCCCGUGUCAUCUUCAACAGAAGUUACUUGUGAUUGGGAGCAGUUCGAUUAAGAUAUCCUUGUUGGUUAAUGCAACGAAGGGGAGCCGAAGUUAUACUGCGUGUACAACCAUCUGAAUUAGUUUUAGACUUUUAGUUUAAUUACGUUUCUUUUUUGGGGUGUUUUGAGUUGCUCCUUUUGUGGUGGUGUCUUUAUACUUAAAAAAGCAAACUCUCUCUGCUGGAUCAAUGAUUGGGAUCUGCACAAUAUGUUUGUAAAUUUAUGAUAUUUGUACUUAUUUAGCGUAGUUAAUAGAUUAUUCGUUUUUCACUA